AUGGCUUCAUCUACUGCCAGCGAUGUUGAGAAAGGGGAAAAGUCUCCGGCGACGGUCAAUGUUGCACCCGAUGUGCAGAUUGGCGAAAGUGAAUCGUCGGGUGGUCAAAAACAUGGAACGCUGAAGACCGUGUUGAACUUCCUUCUCUCGUCCGGAGUAGAACUGCGUGGAGUGGAACCUGUUCCCCCAGAACUACGUACAGACUCGGCCUUUAACAAGAUCUUUACUAUGUGGUGCACCAGUCUGCUAUGUCCACUGCCAAUCGUUACCGGCAUGGUAGGCACACUAUCAUUUGGCAUAAAUCUACGGGAUACCUGUCUUGUUCUAUUUUUCUUUUCACUCUUGAUGUGCAUGGCCCCGGCGUACAUCUUGACUAUUUCCCCACAGACUGGUAUGCGUCAGAUGAUUCAGUCUCGGUAUAGUUUCGGCAUGUACCCGAACAUCUUAGUUGCCUUGCUAAAUAUGAUGACCCUUUGUGGGUAUAACAUCAUCUGCCUGGUCACUGCCGGCCAGACUCUUGCCGCGGUAUCCGGAGACACAAUCAGCCAGACAGUUGGAAUUGUCAUCAUCGCUGUUCUUUCUAUGAUUCCUGCCUUUGGAGGGUUCCAAGUCAUUCAUCACUACCAACGAUGGGCCUGGAUUCCCGCCUUCAUCGCCAUAGUCAUUACCAUCGGCGCUGGCGGAUCAAAGCUCAAAGAACAAUCUCCGGCAGUCACUUCUGAGGGACCAACCAUUAUCACUUUUAUUGGCUUAAUCGCCGGCUAUAUGUUGCCGUACAGUACCACUGUCGGAGAUACAGCAGUCUACCUAGGACCAAACGCUCCCAAAUGGCGCAUUUUCACUUACUGCUGGAUGGGUAUUUGUCUACCUUCGAUUCUACUGAUGAUCGUUGGUGCAGCCAUCGGCGGUGCUGUACCUAACAUACCAAGCUGGUCGGAUGCUAACGACCGCGACGCAGUGGGUGGAAUCUUGGUAGCCAUGUUGGCACCACUUGGCGGAUUUGGCAAAUUUAUCGCCGUCAUUCUCGCUCUCAGUGUCGUUGCGCAGAUCGCACCUGGAUUUUACUCCGUCUCACUCAACUUUCAAUUGAUCUGGCCCAAAUUCGCAGUUGUUCCUCGUAUCAUCUUUGUGCUCGUUGUCACGGCUGUGGAUAUCGGAGUUGGCAUCAAAGCGGCUGAAUCAUUCUUUAACUCCCUCGAGGAUUUCUUGGGUAUAAUCGGCUACUGGAGUGCCGCAUUCACUGGAAUUUUGUUGACGGAGUGGUUUGUCUUUAGAAAAGGCAAAGCAUCAUCUUUCGAUCCUAGGAUCUGGAAUAGCGUUCGAGAGUUACCACCUGGCCUAGCAGCUCUUACUUCCUUUGUGCUCCCGUUCGCACUCGUGGUGCCGUCCAUGGAUCAGGUCUGGUAUGUGGGACCAAUAGCAAAGGUUACUGGAGAUCUGGCUUUUGAAUUCGCUCUUGUGCUCGCUAUUUUGUUGUAUCUGCCUCUCCGAUCCUUGGAGAUCAAAUGGACGGGUCGAGUCUGA